CCAUGGAGCCCGGCGCCCCGCCUGACCUCCGCGACGUCGAGCAGAAGCUGGGGCGCAAAGUGCCCGAGAGCCUGGCGCGGCCCCUGCGCGGGGAGGAGCUCCCGGACCGCCCCGCCGCCGCGGCCCCCGGGCCCCGCCGCCGCCGCGCUGCCGCCCUGGCCCGUCUGGAGACGAAACUUCAGCUCCUGAGGCAGGAGAUGAUUAAUCUCCGGGCCACUGAUGUGAAGCUUAUGCGCCAGCUCCUACUCAUCAAUGAAAGUAUUGAAUCCAUCAAGUGGAUGAUUGAAGAGAAAGCCAUAGCCAGCAGAGGCAGCAGUUUGAGUGGAAGCCUGUGCAGCUUGCUAGAAAGUCAGGAGACAUCCCUUCAUGGCAGCUGUAACAGUUUACAAGACUGUAGUGAUGGACUGGAUGGAAUAUCAGUGGGGAGUUAUUUGGACACCUUAGUAGAUGAUGUCCCUGGUCACCAAACCCCUUCAGAUCUGGACAAAUUCAGUGAUUCUUCUGUCACGGAGGACUCACAGUCUCUGCAUAAGCAUCCCAAAAUUGAUUCUGAUGAGUACUACUGUUUUGGUUAGUAAGAACAAGUUCCAGUGGGACACAAAUGCACUUGUACUUAUCCUUUUUCUUUGCUGCUAUUUCAUGUGCAAAACCCCUAAAGUCCUCUUGGAAGGAGGAUAUAAUAUGAUACUUCAGUUCUAUUGCGUAACUUUUCUAUUGCUUCUAAUGCAUUUUCUCCUUGAUGGGUUGGGCUUGUCUCAUCCUCCUCCUCAUAUUUUCUUAAUUUAUUGUCACAAAUUUUUUUGUUUUAAUUUUUUACAAUGCUGUAUUUACAAGCCUGUAAAAGUGGUCAAGGAAAAAACUUUAAAAUGAAACAUCAGAGAGUGAGUAAUAAUUUUGUAUUUGUUGUUAAUAAAACAUCUUCUGAUAAAUAUAUGUUGUCAUAAAUUUUCUUGACUACCACAUCUGGCCUUUCCAAAAACACUGUUUAUAUUGAGCCUUAAAUCUGAAUCUUGAAAAUACCUCUACAAAAUAAUUUUCCUUUUCUAAGUAGUGAAAUUUGAUUCUGUAAAGCUGUCUUCAUUUGAAAUACAAAGUAUUUUAAACUUU